CCGCCCCGCCGUCCCUCCGUCUCCCACGGGGCAGAGACACAGCUCCUUCUCUCGGGUCUCCCGGGACGCUACCAAGCCCGGGCCUUACCUCGCCCGCGCACUCGCCGCUCCGCCACCUGAUUGGCCCCCGGCGCCCCGGAUUGGCCCAGGACGUCCAACAGCGGCCCCGCCCAGAUAGAGGCCAUUGGUCCUUGCCCAUAGGGGCGGGGCACGGCAGAGAUCUGCGGAAUUCGGCCUUCGGAAAGAGCCCACGGGCCGGGGCACGGAGAGAGCCGAGCGCCGCAGCCAUGAGCCGAAUAGAGCCGGAGAGACCCGAGUAUGACCGGAGAAGCCCAGGCCGGCCGGAAGAGGAGCCGAGCGCGGCCGGAAGGAACCGAGCCCGUCCGAAGGGAGCGGAGCGCAACUGGGCGUGGGGCCCGGUCGAGCCCGCGCCAUGGCGGCCGAGGGGACAGCUGUGGCCGGAAGCGGGGUUGUUGGCGGCUGCCUGGCCAAAGACGGCUUGCAGCAGUCUAAGUGCCCGGACACUACCCCAAAACGGCGGCGCGCCUCGUCGCUGUCGCGUGACGCCGAGCGCCGAGCCUACCAAUGGUGCCGGGAGUACUUGGGCGGGGCCUGGCGCCGAGUGCAGCCCGAGGAGCUGAGGGUUUACCCCGUGAGCGGAGGCCUCAGCAACCUGCUCUUCCGCUGCUCGCUCCCGGACCACCUGCCCAGCGUUGGCGAGGAGCCCCGGGAGGUGCUGCUGCGGCUGUACGGAGCCAUCCUGCAGGGCGUGGACUCCCUGGUGCUAGAAAGCGUGAUGUUUGCCAUCCUUGCGGAGCGGUCGCUGGGGCCCCAGCUGUACGGAGUCUUCCCAGAGGGCCGGCUGGAACAGUACAUCCCAAGCCGGCCAUUGAAAACUCAAGAGCUUCGAGAGCCAGUGUUGUCAGCAGCCAUUGCCACGAAGAUGGCGCAAUUUCAUGGCAUGGAGAUGCCUUUCACCAAGGAGCCCCACUGGCUGUUUGGGACCAUGGAGCGGUACCUAAAACAGAUCCAGGACCUGCCCCCAACUGGCCUCCCUGAAAUGAACCUGCUGGAGAUGUACAGCCUGAAGGAUGAGAUGGGCAACCUCAGGAAGUUACUAGAGUCUACCCCAUCGCCAGUCGUCUUCUGCCACAAUGACAUCCAGGAAGGUAGGAGAAGGCAUCUGAGUCUCCCAACCCAAGAUGGAAGAGCCAGAGGGCUCUGGAGUGAGCAGAACCUCACCCCAUUCCCCCAGGGAACAUCUUGCUGCUCUCAGAGCCAGAAAAUGCUGACAGCCUCAUGCUGGUGGACUUCGAGUACAGCAGUUAUAACUAUAGGGGCUUUGACAUUGGGAACCAUUUUUGUGAGUGGGUUUAUGAUUAUACUCACGAGGAAUGGCCUUUCUACAAAGCAAGGCCCACAGACUACCCCACUCAAGAACAGCAGCUGCAUUUUAUUCGCCAUUACCUGGCAGAGGCAAAGAAAGGUGAGACCCUCUCCCAAGAGGAGCAGAGAAAACUGGAAGAAGAUUUGCUGGCAGAAGUCAGUUGGACUAUGCCCAGUCUCGGUUCCAGUUCUACUUCCAGCAGAAGGGGCAGCUGACCAGUGUCCACUCCUCAUCCUGACUCUCCACCCUCCCACUCCUUGGAUUUCUUCUGGAGCCUCCAGGGCAGGACCUUGGAGGGAGGAACAACGAGCAGAAGGCCCUGGGGACUGGGCUGAGCCCCCAAGUGAAACUGAGGUUCAGGAGACCGGCCUCUCCCUGAGUUUGAGUAGGUCCCCAUGGCUGGCAGGCCAGAGCCCCGUGCUGUGUAUGUAACACAAUAAACAAGCUUCUUCUUCGCA